CCGGGAGCUUGCUAUAGCAUGGCCAAACCUCGAAGACCUCGAGAUCUCCGGACACGAGUUUGUCGCCGAACCCUCGACGCAAUUGACCAUUGACUCCCUCCUUCUCUUCGCUCGCGCGUGCCCGAGGCUAAAGCGUAUCGUCCUGCCUGUAGAUGUCUCUGCUUCCCCUAGCUCAACAUCCCCAAACCCAGUAUCAGCUAGCGUCAGGGCGGUUCAGCUGUCGGUAUACAACAUAUACGACGCCAGCGACUGCAUCCGCUCGUUGGCGGACGCAUUUCCUGGCCUCGAGGCGUUGCACAUCUCACCGGUUAACAUGGGCGGCGCUUCCGAUGUCAGCAGCUACCAGCAGACGGCACCUGUCACUCUCGCUGCACUGAAGCCCGUGCUUCAACUCGCCCGACUUCAAAGCCUAUCGCUGGAAGUUCCAAUGCCGUUUAAGCUCACGGACGAUGACGUCAAAACGUUGGCCAAAGCGUUACCUGGGCUUACCCAUCUCAAGCUACACGGAUUGCGAUACGAUCUCGACUCCGAGACAGAGGCCACUCACAACUCGCUGUUUGCUUUCGCCGACAUCUGCCCGCUGCUGUCCCAUCUUACUCUCCGAGUCAACGCCUCGCAACUCCUCCAGUCUGACGUCGAGCGCCUGCUCUUCGCUGACGACUCACCACGCAGUCAGAGACAGUCGGCGCUGAAGACGCUCGAUUUGGUGGACUCCGUAUUGCCGAAGGACGUAAAAGGGAUCACCGCCAUGCUGGGAUUUGCUUUCGAGGGGCUGAAAGACAUCAAGACAAUACCUGCGAAGGAGGGGUGGCUGAUGACCCAGCUCCUGUCGCAGAUGCGUAACACGGGGUUUGACGUUGUAAUGGGUCGUAAAGGCGAAAUGGGAGUGGAAGGUGGACCUACGCGACAUUAGGAACCUGUUCCACGGGAAGUAAGGGAACAAGACGAGAUUGAUCCAAGGUAUCAAGGCCUUUGCUAGCUACCACCGCAUAAUUUAAUAAUGUUGAACUCGAAGACGAGAACAGUUUCAAUACCGCACUGUAUUUAUAGGUGUAAUUCAGCACAAAUCAAUAUUUU